GUUUGACGAGCUCUUUUCCUGUGGUGUUAGAUUUGACGCUCGCUUCCUACGAGCUCAGUUUUGGUAAUGGUUUGCUAACUUUUACUCGAAUUAGCAUCAGAUUUUGCGAUUUUGUCUUGACUGUGAAUUGUUUGCAAGCUCUAUCGUGACAGAGCGGCUUUCGAGACGGGUUGGUGUGACUUUCUCUCAUCUUCCUGUCGACGAGAGUAACGCAGUGAUGAAUGUGAUGCUCCACGGAGGACAGGUGUGAUGUCUGCCUCUGCAGUCUCUGAGGAUGUGGAGGAUGAGGUGGAAUUUGUGUCUGAGGGUCCUCUCAGACCGGUGCUGGAGUGCAUAGACCUGCUGAGUGACGGAGAGGAUGAGGGUGGCAUGUCCGCCGCACACACCAUUGAGGAGCAGGUUGACCAGCAGAGGGCUCAUGCUAUGCCCACGCUGGACAGACUGGCACGGCAAGUAGCUGGGGAAAAACUGGAGAGGCUUGAAAAGUGCAAAGCUUUUAAGGAGAAAAUAAUUUCACAGCAAGCACAUGGGCGGCACGAGCUGUCAGUCAGCCAUAGUAAUAGUGGCAGUAGCAAUGCGAAGCGAUGUGUGGAUAUUUGGCUAAAAAUGCCAGGGUUACAGCCUGGCACUGUGAGCUCAGCCAGGUCACUGUGGAGGCGCAGACCAGCUCCCGCUGCAGCUCAAUGUUCUCCUCGAACCUGCCCGGUCAUCAACUGCGGCAGAGUCUAUGACAAUGUUCCUUUGCUCGAGGGUCAUCUUAAAAGGUUUGAUCAUUCACCCUGUGAUCCCACGAUUACCCUGAGAGGCAGUCCCUCUGCUUUCUGUGCCUGCGUGGCCUGUGGCCGCUGCUUUCACUCCAGACAGGCGUGGAAGGACCACGUCGAAUCUAUGGUGUCUUUCCCUGACACUGAUGGUCACAGCCGUUCCCAGAGCUAUCAGCUGAUUGUAUGCUUUGCAUGUCCUGCCUGUUACCUCCUCUUCAACAUCAAGGACGAAUGCCUUGAGCACAUGUCUGCAAAACACUUCACUCAGUCCAUCACUCUCUGGGAGAAAAAACCAAGCGUACCCAUACCAGUCCCUCGUUAUGCAAAGAACCGGUUAAUCACUCUCUGUAAGGACAUUGCCUUCACCGUCAAAUGCACAGUCUGUGCUAAGGUGCUAACCUCGCAUAUGGAGGCAAGAGCACACUUCAAUGUGCACUGCAAUAAUGGCUGCGCUAUUGUCAGUGCCGAUCAAAGCGUGGCUGACAUCAUGAGGUCGAUGGCGGUCAUGGGUCAUUGCUCCUCAUGCCCCAAACCUUUUUUUAGCUUGAGUCAGAUGGAGGAACACAAAGAGCUCCUGAAACAUGAGGUGAAGAGGGUCCUCAGCAUGGACAGGGCCCUUCUGUACUACAGCAACUACUGUGAAAUCCAACUCGCUCAGAAGGCCACGGAAUGUGGGAGCAAUUCAGACGGGCCUUCAGCUAAACGACAAAGACUGGCCAGCAUGGAUUCCCAAACUGAACCAAGAAAAUGGUCACAGCUCGCCUGGUUCUGUGAGUGCGGCCUACGCUUCAAGGAGGAGGAUCAAGCAAGAAAACACCUCCAAGCUGCCAAUCAGAUCUUUCACAAAUGUGCAGUCUGUGGCAAGAUCAUAGGCGAGUCGUCUAUAGCGCGCUUGCACAUGAGCCGGUUCCACGGUGGUGCUCAUUUGUCGAACUUCCUCUUCCACUGCAGACAGUGCAAGGUGGAAAUGCCGAGGAUGGAAGACAUCAUGGGCCAUGUUGGUGUAAGCCACAGAGGGCACAGCUACUACCAGGAAAGAGAAGACACAGCAGACGACUGCGUCUCGUCUAGUAUGUCCCCCAAACCGUCCACCAGCACCCAAACCAAAGCGGUUUCCUCUUGCAUCCCGCCUCCCAAAGCAGAGUCUUGGCUUUGUCGGAUGUGUGAAGACCUCUUCGACUCUGAGGUGGCGGUGCGGAAACACUGCGGCGAUUUGAGCAGCCACAGUUUCCAGAGGUUUGCCUGUGGCCACUGUCCGCAGAAGUUUUUCAAGGACUCCACCCUGCGGCGGCAUUGCGCCACUGAGCACGGUGGCGACAUAGUCCUGCGCUACUUCUGCGGGCUCUGCGAUAGCAUGCUGUACGACACCGAGGAAGACUUUCAGGAGCACUACAACAGUCUGCACAGCCAAGAUUACUACUGCUUGGAAGCGGCUCCGAAUAAUUCCCAAGCAUCCAUGGAAAACAUCGUUGAGAGUCCAAUAGCGAGUACAAGCCCUGGGCAACUUUGUCGUUGCAUGGGCUCUGAGAAAUCCAAGGUGGAAAGGAAACCUGUGUUCACAAAGUGCAUGAAACAGUUAGCCACCGAAAAUAAAUGCAGUUACUGCUGUCGCCAGUGCGACAAAAACAUGCCCACCUACGCCGAGAUGAAGACGCACAUCCUGCUGACACACAAGACCCAGGGCAAUGAGAAGAGUUUCGAUGUUUUGUGCACUGUUUGCUCACAGAGCCACAAAGAUAUACCCAGUUUCCAUUCACAUUACCACAAGCAUCACUGCCAGUCAGAACCUUGCGCUUCUUCCCGACCCAGCAGCACAGACAAGAAACCGUCCGCCUCCAUCAGCAUAAUAAAUGCCAAGGAGAUCUUCCCUCAGAGUAAUGUGGCAAAGUUUCAAGAUGUAAAGAAUGCCAUUACCUCAAGGAUUCUUGAUGUUAAAAAAGAGGUAACCAUUUCACAAGAUGGUGAUGAUAAAUUUGAUCAGGACAUUAAACUGGCUUUGGCUUUGAGUGCAGAGGAGGCCAGGAAAUCAGAAGAGCUGGAUUUUGAGUUUGAAGAAGCCUUGAAAAGAAGCUUGCAGGAGUUUUGAUAAGUGAAGACACAAUUUGUUGCCUAAUGGUUAGAGAGGCGGACUUGUAAUCCAUAGGUUGCGAGUUCGAGUCUCGGGCCGGCAGGAAUUGUCAGUGGGGAGAGUGUAUGUACAGCGCUUUCUCCACCCUCAAUACCACGACUUGAACAAGGCACCGAACCCCCAACUGCUCUCCGGGCGCCACAGCAUAAAUGGCUGCCCACUGCUCCGGGUGUGUGUUCACGGUGUGUGUGUGUGUGUAUUCACUGCUGUGUGUGUGCACUUUGGAUGGGUUAAAUGCAGAGCACGAAUUCUGAGUAUGGGUAACCAUACUUUGCUGUAUAUCACGUCACUUUCAAUUUGAGUGUUUUUAAUCAUGUCGUUCAUGCACUGGAGUGAUUAAACAUGUUUCUUUUCUUUCUGUGUUUUUCUUAAGUUUAAAUAAAGGAAAGUAAUUAAAGCAUAUCUUGCCGGUUACUGUCUGAGAAAUCUCAUUGUGUUCUGGCUUUUGUCUUUUCUGUGAUGUCAUCUUGGCCCUUGACCCUAGAAAUGAAUCCCACCCUCCUUUGAAAUCUCUGAGGUGAACUCCUGCAUUCAUGUCUGAAGGAGUGUAUUACCAAGGGAAGUUCCAGCCCAUGUUUGGAGAUGUUACUGAAGAGCGCUGGAAACCGCUAGAACGUGGUCGAUAAGUGCCGAGAAGUCCGAUUCAUUUAAACGAAUCGGUUCUUUUGGACGAUUCAUUUAAACGAACAGGUUCCAUUCAGUGCAUUUUCGAGUCAUCACACAAAGUUGUUCGCGUGGGUCAUGCUACGUUGCUGCAUAAAUAUUUGGUUUGAUAUUAAAUAAAUUAUUACAUUUAGUCAUAUACUACUAUAUAGUA